UCAAAGAGGUGACAUAUAUGGUUUUGAUACCGUCUCAAGCUAUGGGCUUUUGGGGAACACUUCUGUUUCUGAUCUUCCUUGAGCAAAGUUGGGGACAGGAACAAACCAGAUACAUCAUUUCAACCCCAAUUGUCUUCCGAGUUGGAGCUCCUGAAAAUGUUACAGUCCAAGUCCACGGCCAUACUGAGGCAUUUGACACAACCAUCUCUGUAAAAAGUUAUCCUGAUAAAAAUGUUCGUUACUCUUUGGGCACUGUUAAUUUAUCACCAGAAAAUAAAUUCCAAAACACUGCAAUCUUAACAAUUCAGGCCAAACAGUUGUCUGAAGGACAAAACUCGUUUUCAAAUGCGUAUUUAGAAGUUGUGUCAAAGCAUUUUUCAGAAUUAAAAAUAGUGCCAAUCAUCUAUGACAACGAUUCUCUCUUCGUUCAAACCGACAAGUCCGUGUACACUCCACAACAGCCUGUAAAGGUUGGUGUCUACUCCGUGAAUGACGACUUAGCACCGGUCACCAGAGAAACAGUCUUAACUUUCAUAGAUCCUGAAGGGUCCAAAGUUGACACAAUAGAGGGAAAUAAUCUCACCGGGAUCGCCUCUUUUCCUGACUUCGAGAUUCCCUCUAAUCCCAAGCACGGUAGAUGGACAGUCAAGGCUAAGUACAGAGAAGAUGCUUCAACAACUGGAACUACAUACUUUGAAGUUAAAGAACACGAUAAAGCUUACAGAAUAUCUGUCAUGCCCACAAUUGACCUGCAACCUGAGGUGGAGAAGCAAGAAGAAGCACAUGGCAUGUGUCUUCAUCAUCCAGCAGAGUGUCUGCAACAGAAGAUAAAAGAACAAGUUUCUAAAUACAAACAUGUGGUGAUAAAGAAGUGCUGUUACGAUGGGGCCAGAUAUAACAUACAUGAGACCUGCGAGCAGCGAGCUGCCCGUGUGAAGAUAGGCCCGAUCUGUGCCAAAGCCUUCACUGUCUGCUGUAACACGGCACACCAGGUCCUAGCUAAUGGCACCUUUAAGCACAUCCAUGUGUCAAUGCUCGAUAGAAGCCUAAAAUAAUUGUCCUCUGAGUGGCUCCACCCAGCAACUAAGGGAAAGAGAUACAGAGACUCACAGUCAAACAUUAGAUGGAGCUCGGGGAGUCUUAUG